AUGAGAUGCUCUGCCUUCCGCAAGGCUGCCGGCCUGGGCUACCCUACCCCUUACGCCGACUCUGCACAGAUGUCCGCCGCCUCGGCUGAGCAGAAGCAGAAGCUGUACCUGUUCAACUGCGCCCAGGUACGUUCGAUGCGAUUCAAGAUCAAGAGCUGGACUGACUCUAUCCCAUUAANNCAGCGCGCCCACGGUAACUUCCUCGAGAACCACUAUAUGGCCCUUACCACCCUGCUCAUCGGUGGCCUCCGCUACCCUCUGCUCAGCACUGCUUUCGGUCUCGUCUGGUCGCUCGGUAGAAUCGUGUACGCUGUUGGAUACACCGCACAGAACAAGGAGAACGGCAAGGGAAGACUGGCUGGCGCCUUCUUCUGGCUCGCUCAGCUCGGUCUGUUUGUCAACGCCGGCUUGACUGGAUACAACCUGGCCUUCUAA